AUGGCAGGACUUGUCACUACGGUACAACCCAGCAGAUUUGAUUCAAACAUUGGAUCUCUGUCAGGACCGGGCGACCGAUUCCUCCUGAUCACACCCACAACUCCACCCGAUGCUUCGUCGGACACCAGCGGUGUUCGUGAAGUCCUGCCAAUAGAUCUACAGCGCGCAUUCACCAUGUAUGAGCUGAACGAGAAAGACCUUCAAGUAGGAGACGAAAAAAUUCUUGUGAAAGAUAUCGGCGAAGUCGUUCGUGCGUUAGGCCUAAAUCCUACAGAAUCAGACAUACGGAAGUUUAAUAACCGUAAUGAUCCCGGUGAGAGAAUCACUUUCGAAAUGUUCGUUCCUAUCUAUCAAGCGUUGGCCAAAGAACAGAAGGAUAUAAACCCUGAAGAGUUUAUCGAGGGAUUUCGUGUCUUCGACAAGGAAUCGAACGGCUUUAUCAGUGCCGCUGAGCUUCGACAUCUUCUGACGGCACUUGGUGAACGAUUACGUGAGGACGAGGUGGAUCAACUCCUUGCAGGGAUGGAAAAUUCCCAAGGACUGGUACCAUAUGAAGGUGAAAGAAUCUCGUUCGAAAUGUUCAUUCCAAUCUACCAAACCCUGGCCAAAGAAGAACAGAAAACAGAUCGUGAAGUUUUCAUCGAGGCAUUCCGUAUUUACGAUAAGGAUUCCAAUGGAAUGAUUAGUGCCGCUGAACUUCGUCAUCUUAUGUGUGGGUUGGGUGAAAGGUUGACUGAUUACGAGUGCGACCAGCUUGUCUCCGGCUUGGAAGACUCCAAGGGAUUUGUGUCUUAUGAAGGACCAACUAACCCAUACAUACCGGAAGAACAAGGUCCUGAAAUAGACCACAUUGAGAGUAAACUCGUCCCACCACCGCUCCAUCAUCGUCAACGUUAUUAG